AUGGUGAAAAAUCUUUUUAAAAUCCUGGCGCUUUUUGUUUUCCUCAGAGUGGCGUAUGUUGUUUUGCUUCUUUUCCACAGCAACGGCAGCACUGUAAUUUAUUCUACAGAGCCACAACUGAUGGAAAAUGAAAAUGACACACUUUUCCAGUGGAUAAAUGAGCUCAUCCAGCCGAAGACAGAAGGUCCAAAUGAAGUCCAAGAAGGGACACAGAUGCCACCUACUACAAAUACUAUGAAUACUACGACCACUACGACUCUGGGACCCUGCCCCGACACCCCUCCAAAUCUUGUGGGUCCAGUCCUUGUGGAGUUUAUUUCUACAAGAACUUUGGAUGAGGUGAGAAAGGAGGUUGGAUCUCCUCUUCAGUUAGGAGGACGGCACAAACCAACAGACUGUAUUGCCCAACAGAAGGUGGCGAUCAUCAUCCCAUUCAGAAAUUGGCAUGAGCACCUUAAGCACUGGCUGUAUUACCUCCAUCCUAUUUUGAUUCGACAGCAGUCGGACUACAGAGUGUAUGUCAUCAACCAGGAUGGAGAGGAAAUAUUCAACAAGGCUAAACUGAUGAACGCAGGCUUUGUCGAAGCACUGAAGGAAUAUGAUUUUGAGUGCUUUGUCUUCUCUGAUGUAGAUCUGAUUCCUAUGGAUGACCGUAACCUCUACAGAUGUUUUGACAAGCCCCGACACUUGGCUGUGGCUGUAGAUAAAUUCAACUUUGAGUUACCCUAUUCAACCAUCUUUGGUGGGGUUAUUGCAUUGUCCAAGGAGCACUUCUUGAAGGUUAACGGUUUCUCGAACACUUACUGGGGCUGGGGUGGUGAGGAUGACGAUAUGUAUAAGCGAAUUUACCACCAUGGAAUGUCCAUUUCCCGACCUGACAUGGUGACAGGAAAGUACAGGAUGAUCAAACAUAAGAGAGACCUGCACAACAAACCUAACCCACAAAAUCCUGGCAAACUAAGCAGAACUCAUGUGACCAUGAAUGAAGAUGGGAUUAAUUCCUUAAAGUACACAGUCAAGGAGAUUGUGAAGAAUAAGCUGUACACUUAUAUCACUGUGGAUGUUGGGCUUCCACCAAGCUGA